AUGCAGCAGGCAGCGAAUCCUUGCGAUGUGCCACCCCGGCAAGUCAGCAGCAUGGAUGAGUCCCAAACGUCAUUGAGGAGCAAGGGCAAAGUGAAGGCCGACAAAAACCAAAGAGCAGCUUUACAGAGCCUAGACGGCGCAGACGUGUUGCAGUUGCUCCUGCAGCAAGUCUUUGAGCGUGCUUCUUUGGAUGGGGUGCUUAGCGAGUCUUUCUACCUGCAGCAGCAGAUCCACUGGGAGAUCGAGAAGUGCUCCAGUCCCCGGCUUCCAUCACCCAAGACAAUGAGGACCAUGAGGAAUUUGCAAAAACUCCUCUCGCGCAUGAGCUGGAAGCAAAUGAUUCAGUUUAUCGGGCAUAACCCUGUUUGGAGUGACCACAGCUUCCUUGAUCACGUGCACACACAGAUGGCCUCCUGUAGGGCAGGCAAUACGUGUGACCUUAAUGGUGUGAGGCUUGGCAAGUCCGUGUGGCUGUAG